AUGUGUCCUCUUUGGCCGCUACACCUCAUCAUCCUGUAUCUGCUGGCUUUAGGCCCAUUAUGGGUACUCUGCCAGUCAGUGCCGAACAUCAUAGCUUCUUUCCACCCAAUGGAAAUAAAGCUGAACAUGGGAGAGGAAGCUUUUGUACAAGUUGUUGUAAACGGUACGGGACUUCUACCAAACGAUGAAAUAAUAGCAAAAGUAGAUAUAGAGCAUAUAGCGAGUGCUCAAUGGAAUUCGUCAUAUAAAUUAGCUGACGACUAUGUUGAUGGUCAACUGUUUACAGCACCUUUGAAAGUACAUGGGAACUUUUUAGGACGAACGGAUGUCGUCAUUGAAGUGAAAAGACACAAGGAGGAGUUUGCAGCUAAUGGGACGUUGCCAGUCAUAGUUGUGCGACCAUCCCGAGUCAUAGACAAAUUGUUCACGAGCAGUGUUGCUAUAUUUGUGUCGUUAAUAUUUAUAAACUUCGGCUGCGCUAUGCAUUGGCCGACUGUCAAGGAGGUGCUUAUAAAACCAGUCGGGCCUAUCAUUGGAAUGUGCGGCCAGUUCCUGUUCAUGCCACUUUUAUCCUUCGGCCUAAGUUAUGUGAUAUUCCCAAAUUCAGCAGCUAUGCGCCUGGGCAUGUUUUGUACGGGGGUGUCACCCGCAGGUGGCGCCUCAAAUAUAUGGACGUUUAUAUUGGGCGGAAAUCUUAAUCUAUCACUCGCAAUGACUUCUAUUUGUACUUUGGCGUCAUUUGCAUUUAUGCCAGCGUGGCUCUUUUCCCUCGGCCAAGUGGUAUUUGGUAACGCAAACAUCGUGGUGCCAUACAAGCACAUCGCAUACUUUGUCGUAUGCCUCAUUGUACCAUUGUCGAUAGGGCUGGCAAUGCAGCGGUUCACGCCUAGAAUAGCAGCGUUCAUGGUGCGGAUUUUAAAGGGUUUUUCGACAACCUUACUUCUGUUUGUAAUCGUCUUUGCGAUUAUUACAAAUCUAUAUAUAUUCGAGCUGUUCACAUGGCAGAUAAUAGUAGCCGGCAUGGGUAUACCAUGGCUCGGUUACGUGGCGGGGUAUUUAGUGGCUAUCGCAUGCAAACAGCCGCACCCAGAUGCGUUAGCCAUAUCAAUAGAAACCGGUAUUCAGAAUACCGGUAUUGCGAUAUUCCUCCUGCGGUAUGCGUUACCGCAACCAGAGGCAGAUCUUACAACAGUCGUUCCUGUAUCGGUCGCUAUAAUGACGCCGAUACCUAUGACCAUGAUCUACAUCUACCAGAAAAUAAGGGGAUGCUACCGACGAAGAAAUGAGCACAAGAAAAUGCUCGAAGACUCGCCAACAUCAGACAGAGAAAGCGCCGGCAUCGAUGGAGCCACUUAUGACGCAAAAUAA